AUGACACAACGUGGACCAUCGGGACACGGCGAGAUGGAUCGACGUCGACGUGCUAGUUCGAAUUACUUUGAGCUUGACGCUGAUCGGCGUCGGAACAAAUCAGAACGAUCUGAACGUUUUAGUAAACGUUUGAAUUCCAUGGAUGUCACAAGUAUGAGUAUGAAGGGUGUGCCGCAGGAUGAUGAGGCAGCCAUUGAUUACUGUUGUGAUUAUCUCAAGGCAAAAUUUGGGUUUCAAGAAGGUUCCGUGAAUAAUCAACGUGAACACGUUCUUUUAUUAUUAGCCAAUGGGAAAGCACGUUGUCUAUCAAGUGAUUCCGCGGAUCAGAGUCUUCUUCAAUUGGGUAAUAAAUUGUUAUCGAAUUACCGUUCAUGGUGUCAAUUUCUCCAUACAAGGCCAGUCACGUAUAGUGGUAACCGGAUUCCAAAUGCUACAUCUUUUGGCAAUCUGUACAUGGACGUGAUGUUGUAUUUUCUGAUAUGGGGAGAAGCUGCAAAUAUUCGUCAUAUGCCAGAAUGUAUCUGUUAUUUGUUUCAUCAGAUGUUACAAAUGGUCAAUGCUGAUCCGCAAGGUCAGACACUUGAAUCAGAAGGCUGGUAUUUGAAUCACGUGAUUCGUCCAAUAUGGAAUGAAGCAUCAAAUAUGACACGACGUAAUGCAUUGGGCAAACCUCUUGAACAUGUUAAAAUUCGAAAUUAUGAUGAUCUUAAUGAAUAUUUCUGGAAACCCCAUUGUCUCAGCAUUCCCGUGACACGAGUGGGACAAGAGUUAACCCAACACCACGGAAAGACCUUUUAUGAACAUCGCAGUCUCUUUACACUGAUUCUCAAUUACUAUCGGAUUUUUCAAUUCAAUCUCAUGUAUUUUGUCUUGUUGAUUGUAUUGGCUUUUGCUGUCACGAUCUCACCUUCUGGUGGCACAAGUGGAUGGCAUCAAUUUGAAUCCCUUGGGACGGUUGUAACACCGUAUACAACACGUGAUUUAAAAUUAGCGAUUGUUGCAAUUCCAUUUAGUUUAAGUCUUUUGGCGUUUUUGAAAUGUGUCUUGGAAGUAUCGCAUGGAUGGCAUUUAUUAACAUCAAGGGAACAGAUUGCAACGAGUUCACGGUCUUUUACCUAUGGUGCAGCAUUAACAAGUCGAAUUGUAUGGAAUGGUGGAUUUGCGAUUUUAUUUGGUGCAAUGAUUUAUGUUCCAUUGUAUCAAGAUAAGGAUACCAUUCUUUUGGAUAAUUUGUACCCAUUAUGUGGUGGAUACAUUCUACCAGGUACCUUAAUCUUAUUGAUUCAAGCUUUUGCACCACAAGUGAUUCAUGGUUCAUUUGCAUCCAAGUUUGUUCGUGAAGGUGAAAGUUGCUAUGUUGGACAAGAUAUGGCACCACCGCUAUUGUAUCAACUCAAGUAUAUUGUCUUUUGGAUUUUCUUAUGGAUUAUUCAAGGUGUUACGUCAUACUUUAUUUUAGUCCGUCCACUCAUGUUACCAACAUUGAGUAUAUACGCAAUGCGACUAGAUUAUCAAAAUCCAUUGGUCUUGUUUCACAAUAUUGGAAUUAUCUUUGCGCUAUGGCUGCCUGUAGUGUUUAUCUUUAAUUACUCGACACAGAUUUUUUUUACAAUACUUCAGGCUUUGCUUGGUGGAUUUCAGGGAGUUUUAAUGAAGACUGGCGAAAUUCGUGGUGCAAAGGAAAUGACAAAAGCUUUUCGUGUUGCACCACAGUUGUUUGAUCAAAAGGUCGUGACAUUGCUUGCGCGUUCUAGCGAUGCACCUACCAGUGGUAAUAAUUCGACCCGUGCAAGCGCGCUGGCUGCUGCUUACGAAUCACAAAUGAUGUUGCGAUUUGUAGUCGUGUGGAAUGAAAUUGUAAAUUCUUUUCGCGCGGGUGAUUUGCUUGAUGACAAGGAGGCUGCUAUUCUUCAGUACGACAUCCGCAGUACUGGUGAGGUAUUUGAGCCCGUCUUUUUGUCGGCUGGUAAGCUGGCGGAAGCCAUGAGUUUGGCAAUCAAGACGGCUAAAGAUGGAAAGGGCGAGUCUCAACUCCGCGUCACGCUUGUUGAGAAUGACUGUCUAUCGGCUAUUCGUUCGUUCUUCACGGCUAGUAUGUAUGUAACUAGUGCUCUGUUUGGCAACGAUGACGCUGAUGUGGUCGAUGGUUUCCGAAUGAUCGAGGAGAUUGCUUCUAGCGGCGGUUUCCUCAAGUCCUUUAAUGUUCGUGAGCUAGCAAGCUUGUGCACUGCCGCUGUUGAUCUCUUGGAAGAGAUUUUGGACCUACCCGACCCUGGUGCGCAGUCGCAGCAUAUUCCAAAUGCUCGUGUGCAUCCAUUGGGUGUGAUCCGCAAUUUUGUUUCCAAGAUGGAAGCAUUUCUGAAUGGUGUGCAGUCUUUCUGCUUGGAUCCUGCUUUGCAGCGUAAGUUCGGUAACUCGAAGUUUUGUUCUAGUGCCAACGGAUACAUGUAUGCGUCGCGCGGGCUUGUGAACCUGUUCUGCAGCGACACGGCCAUGGACUUGCACCCAUCCAAGAAACCAGUCUCGAUUAUUGCACAGAUUGUGUACAACAUGAAUACCACAGAGAUUAUUAUGAGCAACUCGGAAGCGUAUGGUUUCGAUGAUCGUGUUUACAAAGACAUGGAUUCUGUCUACAACACGCAAUACUACAUCCAGGCUGGUCUGUUUUUAUCGCUACCGCUGAUUUGUGUGUACUUUGCUGAAAUGGGUUUGCGUCGCGGUCUUGUGCAGUUUUUGGAGAUGGUUUUCACUGCUGGUCCUAUGUUUUUUAUCUUCCAGCUUGGUACGACCAUGCACUUUUUUGACAACAACUUGCUCCAUGGUGAGGCCCAAUACAAGGCUACCGGUCGUGGUUUCAAGAUCACGCGCGAAACGUUUGUGUUGUUGUACAAGGCGUACGCUUUGAGUCACUACCGCAAAGCCAUCGAACUCAUUGGCCUCUGUUUGGUGUACUUGGCUUUUGGCAAAUUUGAUAUAUGUGAUAUUUCUGUCGCCGGUCAAACGAAUUCAUUUGCGUUUGACUUUUGUGAAACGUCACAGAGCUUUGGCGUCCAAACGUUUGCUAUUUGGGUCAUUGCCGUGGUGUGGCUAGUGUCUCCAUAUAUCUUUAACACCGAUGGUCUGGACUGGGAGAAAACAAAGGCUGAUGUGUCGGCUUGGGCCAAGUGGAUGUAUGCGGCGGAAGAUUAUCAGGAUGAAGACACAGUGAUGGUUGGUGGAUGGAUUGGCUGGUGGAAGGGCGAGUUGAAGUUGUAUCACAAUACGAAGUUAGCUGCUCGUGUUACGGUCAUUUUGCGUGAAUUCCGUCAUUUUUUGCUCAUGUGGUACGUAGUGGCGCUCGAGUGGAAGAUUGUCACUGUAGGAUUGGUAUUCUGUGCUGCGGCCAUCACAGUGCUGAUGAUGAGCCUCUUUGGCAUUGCAGGCAGAGGUUUCCGCACCGUUAAUUCCACGAUUCGCGCAAUGGUCUAUGUGCUCGCAGUGGUAGUUGCGGUUAUUUCUUUUUUUGUCAUCGCCAUGGCCAUUCCUGACGUCAACUUUAUCAAGUCGAUUUCUCUCUUCUUUGGCUAUAUGGCAGCGCUCUACGGCAUUAACGAGAUGGCACGCAUGUAUAGCUUUGCCAAUUCGUCGAUUGCGACCAUGAGCAUGUUCCAGCAGCUUGCAUUUUUCUUCGAUUUCGUUUUUGCGGUGACCAUGAUACUUCCGCUUUUGGUCAUGUCAGCCAUUCCGUUUUUGAACAUUAUUCAGACACGAAUGAUGUACAACAAAGGUUUUUCCGAAGUAGUUUCAGCCUCUUCCCAGUAUGCGUUCUCUCUGGCUGCCUUCAUGGGCGUACUUGGCGGUAUGGGAUGCGGUUGGUUGUUCCAGCUGUUUACGACGCUCGAAAGCACUGCUGGUUUCUUAAGCUACGUGACGACCUAUGAUCUGCUUAACGGCACCGUAGGCGACGGUUCAGUGACGUAUGCAUUUUAUUUUGGUUGCAUGGGUGGCACGUUUGUCGCUGGUUUUCUCAGCUACUUUAUUGGCCGUCGUCUGUCGAUCGUGUUUGGUGGUUUGCUGACGGUAUUAGGCAUGCUUGGAGUUAGUGCUGUGCAGUCGAGUGGUGAGGGUUUCUUGAUACCUGGUAUUUGCUUGCUCGGUGGUUCCGUUGGUAUGCUUUUGCCCACACUUGCUGUGUACAUUUACGAGAUAUCUACUCGUGACAUGCGUGGCAAGGCUCUUCUUUUACUUGGAAGUGGCUUUAUUAUUGGCAUUUUGUUUGCGUCUUUGUUCUCCUCCUCAUCGAAUGAGGUUGGCUGGGUGUGGCAAGUGUUUAUUGCGACAAUUAUUCUCUCUAGUAUGACUCCAGCUGUUUACAUCUUCCCCGAGAGCCCAUACUGGGUAUACGCGCGUGAAGGCCUUGAGUCGUGCGAGCGAUGUCUUGCUGUUUUGCGUCGUAAGGAAGGCGUAUCGGAGGAAUUGCGAAUGAUUCGUGACGAAGAGUCUGGGAGCGACGACUCAAGUGCUAACGGCGGCACAUCGUUUGUGAAGUUCUUGGUCGGGCUUUUCCUAGUGCUGGUAUCCAGUAUCUUCCUUGGCUGUGUGAACAUGUACUUGUCCGAUUCGUUCCGCGGUAUUGAUGAUGCAACUUACAUGUUUGUAAACUGCACGUCGCUUCAAUUCCUUGGUGCGUUAUUUUCUUUCUUUUUUAUGGACCGCAUCGACCACAAACGUAUGUUGUACUGCACGUUGUUACCGAUUGCGGCACUGGUAUGUAUUCUUGGCGUGAACAACAAGUCGGUCUUUGUGACGGGUGACAGCGAGUACCUGAUGCUGCAGAUCGUGGGUCUGUUGCUUUAUUUUUUCGCUGGUUUGGGAAUCACCUCGGUGCCAUGGGUGUCGUGCAUUGGUCUAUUUACCACGAAGAAGCGCGCGAUGUAUGUGACUGUUUACUUUAUGGUAUUCUUCCUGCUGCCCGUUUGCGCCACUUUUAUCCGGUCAAACGAGUCGAUGGCUGGCAAUGAAUACUUGUAUCUGUUUGGAUUAAGUGGCUGUUGCGCCGUGCUAAUGGGGUUGUUGUUCACGAUGGGUACUCUCAAGAACGGCAUGUUGUGCACCAAGGGGGAGAUGGAAGCGGAGCGCACACGUCUACGCCGCAUCCGAGCGUCUCGUCGCAGUGCCCGGACGCCAGGCAGUGCGCGUCCAAGAAACUUUAGCCGCUCACGUGCAAAGUCCCAUUCAAACUAUCAAAUGUACGAUUCGCCUGCUGCUGGUAGUGCGAUGUAG